AGUGAUAUUAAAUUAAAAAAAAAAAAUUAAAUGCAUAUCAGCGUAUAGUAGAGUGUUUUGGGAAAAGUUUCGUUAUCUCUUCGCCACUGACAGCACCCCAUGAAAAUGGCGCCUAAACCCUUCUCUCUCUCCUCCCUCUCCUCCCUCACUCCGUUCCCUCUCCCUAACCAUAAACAGAAUAUCACCAGGAUCCGAAUCCGUAAACCCGAAGUCAUCACCUGCACACAGUCAUGGACCGAACCCGAGGGGACCGGAGCUGCGGCUCCGACACGAGGAGAUAUGUUCAUUCAGCGCCAGCAAUCCGUGUCUGCUUUGGAAGCCGUGAAAGCCGCGACGAAGAAGAAAAAGUCAAAGAAGGAGAAGCUCAUGAAAUUCUCGACUUUGGCUCCGAGCUGUUACGGGUGCGGAGCUCCAUUACAGACAUCCGAAAUCGAUGCUCCGGGCUAUGUUGACAAGGAAACCUAUGAUUUGAAGAAGAAACAUCAUCAGCUUAGAACAAUUCUUUGUGGAAGGUGCCAACUAUUGUCUCAUGGCCACAUGAUUACUGCUGUAGGUGGAAAUGGAGGUUAUUCUGGUGGGAAGCAAUUUGUUUCAGCUGAAGAGCUUCGUGAAAAAUUAUCCCAUUUGCGCCAUGAGAAAGCUUUGGUUGUCAAACUGGUUGAUAUUGUAGACUUCAAUGGCAGCUUUUUGGCUCGUGUCCGAGAUCUUGCUGGUGCAAAUCCUAUAAUACUUGUUGUGACUAAGGUGGAUCUUCUUCCGAAAGAAACAGAUCUUAAUUGUGUUGGUGAUUGGGUUGUUGAGUCUACAACAAAAAAGAAGCUUAAUGUUCUGAGUGUUCAUUUAACAAGUUCAAAAUCAUUAGUUGGCAUUGCUGGAGUGGUGUCAGAAAUCCAAAAAGAGAAGAAGGGAAGGGACGUUUACAUCCUGGGUUCAGCCAAUGUUGGAAAAUCUGCAUUUAUCAAUGCUUUGUUAAAGAUGAUGUCAUAUAAGGACCCAGUUGCAGCUGCUGCAAGAAAGUACAAACCAAUUCAAUCAGCUGUCCCUGGAACUACUUUGGGUCCAAUACCGAUUGAUGCUUUCCUUGGUAGUGGUAAAAUGUAUGACACGCCUGGGGUCCAUCUCCAUCACAGACAAGCUGCAGUGGUUCAUUCAGAAGAUCUACCUGCUCUUGCUCCUCGAAGUCGGCUUCGUGCCCAAGUUUUCCCAAACUCUCAGUUGGCAUUAGACGAACAGAUGACAUAUCAAGUUCAAUCAAGCGGUUUAACUGGAUUCUCAAUAUUCUGGGGAGGUCUUGUGAGAAUGGAUGUUUUGAAGGUUCUUCCAGAGACGUGUUUGACGUUUUAUGGACCCAAAGCUUUGCAAAUUCACAUGGUGCCUACUGAAGAAGCAGAUGAGUUUUACCAUAGAGAACUCGGAAUUCUAUUGACCCCCCCUACAGGGAAAGAAAAGGCAGACGGCUGGAUGGGACUCGAAACAAAACGCCACUUACAAUUGAAGUAUGACAACAUAGAAAGACCUGCAUGUGAUGUUGCCAUAUCAGGUCUAGGAUGGGUUUCCGUCGAACCUGUUGGCAUAUCACUCAAACAGUCUGGUAGAAUUAUAGAAGAAACAGUUGGAGAGCUGGAUUUGGCUGUGCAUGUUCCUAAGCCAGUCGAGAUUUUUGUUCGGCCACCAAUGCCGGUUGGGAAAGCUGGAGCGGAAUGGUACGACUACAGGGAGUUGACAGAGACCGAAGAAGAAGUCAGGCCGAAAUGGUAUUUCUAAUGAGGAUCUCACUUGUUCAUUCAUCAAGAUUGUUAGGCCAUAAGCAGCAAAACAUAAAAACUAGUAAGCUUUUAUGGUUGUGGGUUAAAAAUACAUUUAGCAGAAUUACUUAGUGUUAACAUGCCUUUAAGAAGCUCACUAUAAAACAAGCCUUCAAUUUUUGUAAUGAUCAAUAAAUUAAAAGGCAUGUGUAUGAUAUAGUACAAGAGCAAUGCUAUAAAGCUCUCUUUUACUUUCCCUAAUAA